AUGCCGACAAAAACAUCCACGAAUAGAUAUGUGCCCUAUGGUCGUUAUAAAGGAAAAACAUACAUAUAUGUCGAAGGAGACGAACCGGACGAUUAUAUUGGUAAUAUAUCUUCUUCUGAUAUAACUUCUUCGUCCGAAAGCGAAUAUGAAGAGAUAGAUUUAUAUAAACCACGUAGUCCUAAAUACAAAACUUUAAUUGAAGUCGUACUAAAACCAACAAAACAACCAAGUGGUAAUAUACCUAGUGGUACUUUACAUAGUGAUAUACCCAUAGAUGAGGAAUGGAACGAAGUAAAAGAGGAUUUUAUUUUGAACAUGUUACAAAAUGAUAUACCUGGAAACACUACGGAUACUAAUACUUCAUAUAGUGGUAUGCCUCUAGAACAACCUUUUAUUACUCAAAUUCAAGAUCGAAAAUUAUAUAGUGAUGAUAACGAAAUUAUAUAUAAUAUUGAUUGGAAUGUUCCAAAACAUACACAGAUAUAUACUACCGAUGAUCCAACAUAUAAUAGUUUAUAUACUGGAAUUGAUCUUAUUAAUGAUUCGUUGAAUAGUGGUAAUGAUAUUGAUAUAUAUGAUGAAUUAUUGAAAAGAAAAGAAAAUGAAUUAUUUGGAACAAAACAUACGAAAAAAACAACAACAAAUAAAGUUGCAAAACCAAUAAGUGGUGAUCCGAUACUUAACCAAUUGGAUUUAUAUGAUAAAUGGUUAGAGAGAAAUAAAGAUAUGUACAACCAAUGGAAAAACAAACCGGAUAAUAAUAUACCCGUGGUAAACGUCCACACUACACACGACUUGUUGAAUACUAACCUUUCUAUAGAAAUAAGUAGUGAUAUCAAUGAUACAUCUAAAAUGGAUAUGAGUGGUACUAAUAGAUAUACUUAUUUGGAUGAUAUGGAGUUGUUCGAAAAUAGUAGUGAUGAAAAUUUAUGA